UGAGUGACAGACUACUUCUACAAAUCGACCACUUCUACGUCUAUGUUGUGAUAUUAUUUCGAGUUCUUGCAAAUUUAGGAUUUGAUGCUUUGCUAAAACUUUUCCAGUUUACUAGAUAAAGUAAUAAAUUUUAAGAAAUGUCCGACAAACUAGAUAAAUUAAAAAUCGAUUUAGGACUUCUUGAAGAAGAUGAUGAGUUUGAAGAAUUUCCUGCAGAAGACUGGACAGCCAAAGAUGAGGAUGAUGAAGACAUCAGUGUCUGGGAGGACAACUGGGAUGAUGACGACGUAGAGGAUGACUUUAGUCAACAGCUGAGGAUGCAGUUAGAAAAACAAAAAAUGCAGUGCAAUAAUAUAAAAGAAAUUCAUUGAGAUUAUUUUACAUACUAUGGCAUCGGACCGUCGUGUGAUACAAGAAGAUCAACGAAUUCAUCAUUUAAUUCUGUAUGAUUAAAAUAAAACAUUCUUGUAUUUAUAAAA